GGAAGUGAGCUGGGGCUGGAGCGAUGGCCCGGGUUUGGAGCCCGCGGCCGCCGCCGCCGCCGCCGCCGCCACCGCCAGCACGUUUGGAGCGGCUGCGGCUGCAACCGGAGCGGGGGCCGGAGUCGCGGCUGGAGUGGAAGCGGCGCAUGUGAGUUGCCGAGAGUCGCCCUUGCCGAACACCUCAAACUCUGGGCGGGAGCGCUUCAGGUGGGCUGAGCCGCCGUCGCCCUUCUGCACCGCGCCACGCUGCUGGCCCAGACAGGAGGGUUGGGGUCUCCCAGGUGAAGGACUGGCGCUUGACAGGCUUAGCCCUCCGAGCCGGGUUCUAGGCCUUCCUCAGUCUCGGGCUCCUUUCAAACUCAGGGCGGAGGCCGAAGGACCGUGAUCACCCCGACCCGGGCAUUUUCUUGGCGCCUAGGCUGUGUCGGGGCUGCGAGCCCCCUAUUGCUGCCACCUCUCCAGCUAGAGAGCGACUAGCGCAUUCCCACUGUCUAGCUCUGCACCUCCCCCUCUCCUCUCAUUCAAGAACAAGUUUCUUUUCGCUCUCAGUUGGAAGUCCUGCCCUGGAAGGCCAAAACACCCAUCUGUGUGCCCUUCCCCAGUUCCUGGAGCACACUUAGAAAUAUCUACUUAUUGGGAGAUAGAGGUUGCUCCCCUAUCCACCCUCUUAUCUAAUUGAAACUCCAUGCCCAGAGCCUUACCCAUUUUGAUCACCAGCUCCCUGGCCAUCUCUAUGUGACUUCCCCCACCCAUCUGAGUUCCACUUUCCUCUGGGCUCCAAUCUCUAGCCCCCAGCGGAUCUGGUCAGUCCCACCCCUGGGUGGGAGUGACCCGGGGCUCUGGCCCAGAUUCCCCACCCUGGAAGGCAGCUCCAAGGCAGCGAGAGAAUUGGGCGUCGGGUACGAACCUGGCAGCUCAGGAGUGGGUGCUCCACUCACCCCACACAAGAAGAUGAAGAAGCGCAAGGAGCUCAAUGCAUUGAUUGGUUUGGCUGGGGACAGUCGGAGAAAGAAGCCCAAGAAAGGCUCAGGCCACCGCCUUCUUCGCACUGAGCCUCCUGACUCAGACUCUGAAUCCAGCUCUGAGGAGGAAGAAGAAUUCGGUUUAGUUGGAAAUCGCUCUCGUUUCGUCAAGGGAGACUACUUACGAUGCUGCAAGAUCUGUUAUCCCCUCUGUGCUUUUGUCAUCCUUGCCGCCUGUGUUGUGGCCUGCGUUGGGUUGGUGUGGAUGCAAGUUGCCCUGAAGGAGGAUCUGGAUGCCCUCAAGGAAAAAUUUAGAACAAUGGAAUCUAAUCAGAAAAGCUCAUUCCAAGAAAUUCCCAAACUUAACGAAGAACUGCUCAGCAAACAAAAACAACUCGAGAAGAUUGAAUCUGGGGAGCUGGGAUUGAACAGAGUCUGGAUAAACAUUACAGAAAUGAAUAAGCAGAUUUCUCUGUUGACUUCUGCAGUAAACCACCUCAAAGCCAAUGUUAAGUCUGCUGCGGACUUAAUUAGCUUGCCUGCCACUGUAGAGGGACUUCAGAAGAGCGUAGCUACCAUUGGCAAUACGUUAAACAGUGUCCAUCUCGCUGUGGAGGCAGUACAGAAAACCAUGGAUGAACACAAGAAAACCAUGGACUUACUGCAGAGUGAUAUGAAUCAGCACUUCUUGAAAGAGACCAGUGGAAGCAACCAGAGCAGUCCAUCACCUUCAGCUACAUCAGAAGUUGACAAUAAAACCCACAGUGAGAAUUUGAAACAGGAUAUCCUGUACCUUCACAACUCUUUAGAGGAGGUAAACAGUGCCCUAGUGGGGUACCACAGACAGAACGAUCUUAAACUCAAGAGAAUGAAUGAGACAGUCAGGAACCUUACCCAGAGAGUCAACUGGAUAGAAACAGAUCUGGUUGCUAUGAGCAAGGUAGAAAAGCAAGCGAACCUGUCCCUCAGCAUGAUGGAUGAUAGAGCCGCCACUCUAAAAAGAGAGUCCUUGCAUCAAAUGACCAACAGAACGGAUACAUUAAAAACCCAGAGCAUAAAGAAAGAAGAUAGUUCAGAUUCUCAAGUAUCCAAGCUCAGAGAGAGACUGCAGCUGAUCAGUGCUCUCACGAACAAGCCUGAGAGCAACAGGCCACCAGACACCACCGACAAAGAGCAAGUACAGAGUUUCACAUCAAAGCCAUCAGCAUUGCCAAAAUCUCCACCGUCUUAUGGAGAUCACAUUGAGAAAACUGUCCAGCCAAGACCUAUUGCCCUACCAGGAAUUUCUAGCAUCAAAGAUCUUCAGGAUUUAUUCCACAAGACUGGCCAGGACAUGGAUGGAAAGCUGACCUACCAGGAAAUCUGGAACUCCUUAGGUUCUGCCGUGCCAGGACUAGAGACUUUGAAAGAGUUUGAUUCUGAUGGCGAUGGAAGAUAUUCAUUCCUGGAGCUAAGGGUAGCUUUAGGUGUCUAGUCUCAUCAGGCAUAUUUUAGAAAUGCUAUACAUCCGGGACUACCUAAUAUCUACUCACCUAACAAGAACAACUGUUUUACUUACCAAUCAAUCCUCCAGUCCUCCAAACUACUGUAGCAGACACAUUGUCACCUUUUAACUUGUUUGAAAGAGCUAUAAAAUUAUUUUUUUAAAAAAAGGCCAUUUUACUUAUGUGAUAUUCAGAAAUCUCUGAUUUCCUAAAACCAGUAAGAUCUUAAUUUAAAAAUUGCCAGAAAAAAGUCAAGCUCUCUUUUCCCUCUUUCCUUUUUUUUUUUUUUUUUUUUUUUUUUUUUUUUAGGGAAGGAAACCUUAUCUUUUAAAACUGGAAAAUGUGUAUAUAGAGAGAAUAAGCCACCUUUUAUAUUUCACAUAAAUUUGCCUUAAAUUAGCUGCACUUUAUACAGACUCAGAAAAUGUCUUUCCUUUAAAAGGUAGACCUUUUCUGUUUGUAAAUAUUUAAAAUGAAAGAAAGAAUUGUGCAUAUUUUGUGGGAAGUAGGAAGAAUGGUUUGAAACAGGAUGUGAACAAAUGACUUGUUAUUAAAAAUUGCUGAUCUGGUAACUGAGGAAAGUAUGUCCAUGUCUCCUUUAGGUGCUGCCACGGGGUUUGGCAUGGAAGCUGGAGGAAUAGAUUUGGGAAGGUGAGGUGACACUGUAGCACAGUGCUGCCCCCAGGCUCAGGAAAAUAAGAUUCUGGCUUUUUGUUCUGUCCCCUCAGCUAAUCCCAACCUCUGAACCAGAGAAGUCUCGUUGGGGGUUUUUUCUCACUUUUAAUCCUAUUUCAGUGUUGAUGAGCAUAAAAAGUUAUCCUGUGGGGAGCUACGUUUUCCCCACUGAGUGAGCUAGAUUAUCUUCACCCACCCACCAAAGUCCAUCCUCAAGCCAGAGCUGACCGCCACCUCUGAUGCGGUCUCCGUUCUGAGGGGCAGGGCAGCACUUUCACUCACUAUCACAGCCUGGCUACCCAGGAGGAACCUUAGAGGAUAGCUUUGCCCCUCCUUUUGACCCAGGAAACUCCUUGAGGUUUUACCUGAAGGUUUUUGCCAAGAAGAACCUCCUACGUUCCUCUGUGGCCUGAAACCAGUGAAGUUGUGAAAUGCAGCACAUGAAAUCCUGUUAGGUUCCCUACCAGUUGUCAGCUCAGAAGUGGCUACAGGGGUUCUGUCCAGAGGAUGCCAAACCACGUGGAGCUGGCCUGGACCAGGCGCUUCACUUGAUGGCAGCAAGUUUCUUCAGAUCUCAUAACAAGCAAGUGCAAUACUUCUCCCUUUAAAUAUUUCUGUAGGCCCCCAGAAAAGUAGGAAAGGUCCCCAGACCGGAAGGAAUUACAUCUGUGUGUGUGCUGUGCUGUUCGUAGAAGCAGGCUUUGGGCAACACAAAAGGAAAUACUUCACAAAACUUAACUGGUGCCGUAGCCCACGUCAGGGAGAAACUACAGGUUUCAUGGCAUAGACUUCUUUAGUAGAGCUCAUUUCUAUUUUAACUUUAUCCAAGUUGCCCUGUUACCUGUGGAUGCAGUCGCACACUCUUAAACAUUUUAGGGCUGGGUUUUUUCUUUAUAUGAUGUUGAGUUUAGUGUUGGCUAACCUUGAUUUUUUUUUUUCUGAAAGUAUUAAAGUUUAGUUAAAGCAAGAUGAAGUCUUUUCCCAUGAAUGUGUCUGCUUACCUCAUAAUGGCUUGUGCUUCUUUCUGUCUUUUGAAAAAAACAAAAAAACUCCCUUGCGCAUCUGAGCUAUUUCACUUUCUUGGAAAGGUUAAAAUAUAGUAUAAAAUUAGCCUGGCACUUUAGGUACCUUGAAGAUAACUCUUUUUCUUCUGGCUGCCUUCCAUGCCCACCCCCUUUUUAAAUAUAUAUACCCUUACAGAUUUUGUAACAACCAAAUAAAAUUCUAGCAAUAAAUUGAAUUAUACUGCUAUAUUUGUAUAUACUGUACCAUAAAUAGUAUGUCUGUACCUGGAAGGUAUUUUUUUGAGAACUGAUUUAUAUGAAAUAUACUUGAGGGUAAUGUAGCUUGUCCUUUUUGGUUUCAAAUUCUUAUUCAUAGGCAGAUACUUUGAGGACACCUUAACUCUUUGUUGCCUGUACUUUUCUUUUGUACCAGAUAGCUAUACCUGGAGAAGUCAGUUUUGUUUUCCAGUUGAUCACCUGUCCGUCCCACCUCCAGCUUAUCUGGCUAGCUAGCAUUGUCCCAGGGCUAGCUGUGUGUACCUCUUCCCUACCAAACUGGCGGAGGUGUUUCUGCUUCACUUGCAGAUGAAUCCCUUUGCCAUAACUGCUGCCCUGUCUCCCAGACUGAAGCAGGGCAUGUUGAACUCUUUUGUUCCAGGUUGAGCAGAUUCAUUGGCUUAAGAGUUUUAUAAGCCACUCACUCAGUGUUAAUUUGGGAGUUUUAUUUGUAAGUGGUCUUAACUUCUCCAACCUGGGGCUUCUGAGCUGUAGUCAAGCCUUUCCUGCCUCAUCUCAGGGGAAGAUUGGGUUUUGGUUUUUGUUUCAAAUACUUUUACCUUUUCACUCUGGCAGUGCCUACUGCUGCUGCUUUCCUAAGUUACCCAAAGCACUGCUUCUUGGCCCCUUUUUUUUCUUUUGCCUUACUAUCUUGGAUCAUGUUUACUUAGAGAGCCUCCCUAUAAAUCAGAGGACCAAAAAGGUAUUCUAGGAAGAGAAGAAUCAAAGGAAUAGAGAACCUGGCUUAGGGGUGACUGUAGUGUCAUUUUACGGGCAGAGAGGGACCUGGCAUUUAGGAAUGUGUCUGAUACAGCAAAGCUGAAGAGGACACCCUUCACCUGCCACCAACAACUUUUCCUUCCAUUGGUGUUUCCUCACUUUAUGUUGCUUUGCUGGACGUAACCCUGUUGCCCCCCACUCCUACUGCGCCAGUCUUGCUCGUCACAGUUGAAGACUUUGACGGUGAUGGGCUCAUACUCAUAAUGGCCUGCUGUUGAGUUGUUUUUAGUGGCAGCUUUUGUUUGCUACACACCUCAUUGGCUUAUGAACACCAGCUAGAUGUGGUUCCUUCUUUCAUAUCCAAACCAGAACACAUUUGGGUAUUCCUGAGACUUAUUACAGAGUGUGUAUUGUUUGUUAUACGAACCUAACCUACCUUGUUGUUUUCUCAUAUUAAGAAAUGUAAAUCUACUUUGCUUUAGUGGAGCUAUUUUGGUACUGUAUAAGCAAUUUCGGUUCUAUUUAGGGAGUGAAUUCAAGGUCUCUAUGACUUAAGCUUUGCUUAUUUCAUAUAGGUAAUACAGCUAUUUUAAUUUAUCUAAAUAAAACAUUUCCUUUUUCUCCCA